AGGGGACGGACAGGAGGGCGGCAGAGAAGGCCAGCGGGCAGGCGGAGAGAUGGCGACCGGUGCAGACGUGCGGGACAUCCUGGAGCUGGGCGGUGUAGAGUCGGAGAACACGGGCACCAUCAACAAAAAGGAUAUCAUCAACUCGGAUAAGAAAAAAUCCAAGAAAUCUUCAGAGACAUUGACAUUCAAGAGGCCGGAAGGAAUGCACCGAGAAGUUUAUGCGCUCCUCUACUCUGACAAAAAGGAUGCACCUCCGCUGCUGCCAAGUGAUACAACUCAGGGUUAUCGAACAGUCAAGGCAAAACUGGGGUCCAAGAAAGUCCGACCUUGGAAGUGGAUGCCUUUCACCAACCCAGCAAGAAAAGAUGGCGCAAUGUUCUACCACUGGAGGAGAGCAGCAGAGGAAGGGAAGGACUACCCUUUUGCCAGGUUCAAUAAAACAGUCCAGGUACCUGUGUACUCGGAGCAGGAGUACCAGAUGUAUCUCCAUGAUGAUGCGUGGACCAAAGCUGAGACAGACCACCUCUUUGACCUGGCUCGGCGUUUUGAUCUGCGCUUUGUGGUGAUUCAUGACCGCUACGAUCACCAGCAGUUCAAGAAAAGAUCAGUGGAGGACCUGAAGGAACGAUAUUAUCACAUCUGUGCCAAGCUGGCUAAUAUUCGUGCGGCUCCAGGCACAGACCUGAAAAUCCCAGUCUUCGAUGCUGGCCAUGAGAGGCGGAGGAAGGAACAGCUGGAGAGGCUGUACAAUAGGACACCAGAGCAGGUGGCAGAAGAAGAAUACCUCAUCCAGGAGCUCCGCAAAAUCGAAACCAGGAAGAAAGAGAGAGAAAAGAGAACCCAAGACCUGCAGAAGCUCAUCACAGCUGCUGACACCACCACUGAGCAGAGACGUGCCGAGCGCAAGGCUCCCAAGAAGAAGCUGCCACAGAAGAAGGAGACAGAGAAACCUGCUGUUCCUGAGACUGCUGGAAUCAAGUUUCCUGACUUCAAAUCUGCAGGUGUCACGCUGCGAAGCCAGAGGAUGAAACUGCCAAGCUCGGUGGGACAGAAGAAGAUUAAAGCCCUGGAGCAGAUGCUGAUGGAACUCGGAGUAGAUCUCAACCCUAUGCCCACAGAGGAGAUCGUGCAGAUGUUCAACGAGCUGCGGAGCGACCUGGUGCUGCUGUACGAGCUGAAGCAAGCCUUUGCCAACUGCGAAUAUGAGCUACAGAUGUUACGGCACCGCUAUGAGGCCCUGGCCAAAGCUGGUAGUAUUGGGCCCCUCAGUACGGAAGGCACCCAUCCAGACGGCCAGGCAGGGCUUGGCAUCGAGGAGGGCAAGGGAGAUGCCAAGGACCAGAUCAUUGAUGUAGUAGGAGCACCACUGACCCCCAACUCGAGAAAGCGAAGGGAGUCAGCCCCCAGCUCCUCCUCUGUCAAGGUGCAGAAGCCGUGA